AUGGACUCCAGUGUGUCCUUCCUGCUGCUGCUGGUCCUGUGUGGACUGACUGUGGCUGAAGCCCAGCUGAUGGUGUUCAACCUGCGGGCUAGCGACCUUCCUUCGGACAUCCUGGGAACCUCCGACGGUUACGUGAAGGUGUCCUGUGGCCAAGCAUAUCUGGGCCAAACAGAUGUCCGGAAAGAUAACGCAAACCCCUGGUGGGAGGAGGAGUUCAGCUACAGCAACGGCCAGGAGAACAACGUGCUGAAGCUCAACGUUUAUGACAGUGACGUUUUAUUUGACGACCACUUGGGAACCUGCGAGCGUCAGAUUAAGGUGGGAACCCAUGAGCAUGAUUGUCACCUGGAGAAAGGCAGCACCCUGCAUUACGUCUACACCCUGAGUUAAGACAGUCAUCUGACCAGUGACCUGACCUCUGACCCUGACAACUAAACAAUGCUUACAUCCUCCUGUUUGGUUUUUCUGAGUAUUUACAUGUCCGUGUGAAUA